GUACCAUCUCCUCCAGACUUGACUGAGGUAUAGUUUUGAAGGUUUUGAAGUAGGAGAGUUUUAUCUUAAUCACCUGACAAUCAUGCACACAUCUUUUACAAUGUUUUCACUGUUCGGAACGUUCGGAAUCAGCUAACGUAUCAUUUCUUCAAUUCACAACAGAUGUCGCAGGGUGUCUUCCUACAUGUAAACGAGGUCAACGAAGUGGUAAAAUGUCUCAGCUCUUUGUCCUGUUUGAGCAUGCAGCAGGGUAUGCCCUGUUUAAAGUAAUUGCAUUUGAAGAAACAGGAAUGUUGCUGCCACAAGUAGAGGCUUCUGUCACUGACUUGAACCGGUUCAAUUCAGUUGUGAAACUCGUUGGGUUUUCACCAUUUAAAACUGCAAUGAGUGCUCUGGAAAACAUGAAUAGUAUCUCAGAAGGUAUUUUGCCUGGUGAUCUACAGCUGUUUUUAGAAACUCACUUGCCAAAACCUAAGGGAAAGAACAAGGAUAUUCUUGGCGUGAGUGAUCCGAAGCUUGGCGCAAGUAUUAAUGAGGCAUUAGGAAUCGUUUGUCAGCAUGUGGGUGUUGUACCCGAAGUUAUCAGAGGUAUAAGGUAUCAUUUCCAUAAACUGGUGAAAGGCUUCACAUCAAAGUCUUCAGGAACAGCACAACUUGGUCUGGGGCACAGCUACUCCAGGGCAAAAGUUAAAUUCAACGUGAAUCGUGUUGACAAUAUGAUUAUCCAGAGCAUUGCCCUCCUGGACCAGCUCGAUAAGGACAUCAACACAUUCUCAAUGCGCAUUCGUGAAUGGUACUCGUAUCACUUUCCAGAACUAGUGAAGAUAGUGCCAGAAAAUUACAUGUUUGCCAAAGUAGCACGCUUCAUAAAGAACCGCAAGGAGCUGACUGAGGACAAACUUGAAGGACUGGAAGAAAUUGUGAUGGACAGUGCCAAAGCACAGGCAAUUCUUGAUGCCUCAAAAUCAUCAAUGGGUAUGGAUAUUUCACCCAUUGAUCUGCUAAAUAUUGAGAUGUUUGCCUCACGAGUUGUUGCGCUGGCUGACUACAGGCGCCAGCUAGCUGAAUAUCUUCGAAGUAAAAUGGCUGGCGUGGCACCCAACCUGGCCACUCUGAUCGGAGACCAAGUGGGUGCCCGCCUAAUUGCACAUGCAGGGUCACUUACUAACUUGGCAAAGUAUCCAGCCUCCACAGUCCAGAUUUUGGGAGCAGAGAAGGCUCUCUUCAGGGCUCUGAAGACUCGUAGCAACACACCAAAGUAUGGUUUACUCUUCCACUCAACCUUUAUUGGGCGUGCUGGAAUCAAGAAUAAGGGACGCAUCUCAAGGUACUUAGCCAACAAGUGUUCCAUCGCAUCAAGGAUUGAUUGCUUCUCAGAUCAACUGACAAAUGUGUUUGGUGAGAAACUACGACAGCAAGUAGAGGACAGGCUGAAGUAUUACGAAACUGGUGAGAUUCCACGUAAAAACAUAGACGUGAUGAAGGAAGCUGUUGAAGAAGCUCAGCAGGCUGCUGCAAAGAAGAAGAAGAAGAAGAAGGAAAAGAAGGCCAAGAAGAGAAACAGUGACGUUUUGAAAGAAGGAACUGAUGAAAACGGUGAUGAUACCAUAAACACAACCCAAGAAGAAACUGUGGAGUCUGUGAAAAAGAAGAAGAAGAAGAAGGCUAAGCAAAAAGACUGAUGACUGAUUUUCUAAUAUGAAGCAAAAUCUUUGUUGAGAACUGAAGAAAGAAAAAUAUACAGAAAGUUGGUGAUUGGUGUUGGGUUGGACACACAGGAUUUAAUUCGUGACAGGGACAUGUUUCUCCAUAGAACCAAGCCAGUUGCUCUGGUGGUACCACUGCACUUGUAUUCAGUAGACAUCCAGUUUGAAUCUUGCCUUCAGCACUAUUAAUGAGCCUACUGAUCUUUUAUGGAUGGAGGAAAGUGAUCAGUGUGAUAGUAACCAUUUACUGACAAGUUUGAGGGAAGUUAACUGUUUCUUAUCAUUGCUAUGGGCUACAAAGUAAUUCAUGCAAAACUUUUCUCUUUUUAAAAAAAGGCCUCUGGAUGGAAAAAUACUA